AUGGCAGCUCGACCUGGCAGCUCGAAGCGCGUGCCGGCGUCGCAGGACGCCUUGGACGCGUUCGUGACGACGCAGCUGCUUGACAAUGGCAUGGACGUGAUCGCCAGAAAGAUCAACUUGCUGCGCGAGAAGUUGCUGCGGUCUGGGAGCGGCGAGGGCGACGCGGAGAGGAAGAAGAAGUGGGCAAGGCAGCUGCAGCAUUGGCUUGCGCUCGCCUGCCGCCUGCUGGCCAAGCAGCGACGGCAACUGAACCACUGUAUCGAGCGCGUCGAGAGAGACUACAGUCGCGGGGAGAUCGGCCUGGGCGCGGCCAAGCAGAAAGAGGAGGAGGCGCAGGAGGAGGCCAACCUCUAUAGCCGCACGUACGCUCGUCCGAGAGCGCACUCGGCUGCACCGGAGAGCGACGGCUACGUGGGCGUGAUGGUGCCAAAUAAGGAGGAAAUUUUGGCAGUGGGUUGCCACGUUGCAGCCAAAGUGGCUCGCAGCCACGAGCUGUGGAUCAUGGCGCGCAUCGUCAAGUUCAACGCCGACUCCAACACGUACGAGGUGGAGGACGUCGACUCGGGCGACGACGACGAAGAGGAGGGAGAAGACGCGCCCAGGAGACACUACAUCGUGCCGUGGCAGCAGGUCGUGGAGCUGCCGGGCGACUCGCUGCCCGAAGGAGAGUGGAUCCACUAUGCUGUCGAUGAGCGAGUUAUGGCCAUGUACCCCAACACGACCAGCUUUUUCCGCAGCACAAUUCGCGUGCCGAACCCGAGGGGCGCUCCGUACGUGAUCCUCAAGUUCGACGAGGACGAGGACGAACACGGCUUCGUGCCGGACCGCAAGGUACCCUUUCGCUUCGUGGCCCCGCUCAAGCCCUGGCACCAGAAAUUCAGCAGUGCACCAACAGUGUAA